UAUAAUACAUAGAAGUAAUUGUACGCAGCGCUACUUUCUUUUUAAUAUUAUUACAGUCUUAGAUAAAAAAAAAUUAACAAUUAUCUGUGUGAUAUGGCGAGUAAGUCGAAAAUUAAAGAUAUAGAAGCACUUCAUUACGAAAUAACCAAUUUUAAUGGGAUGAAAAUUUCAAUGAAGAAAAAAUCUAAACCUAAACCUAAUACCGAAACAGAUGCUUCAUCACUUAAGAUUAAAAAUUCAGAGGAGGAUAAAGAGAACCUUCAUAAAGUAGCAAGUCACGAUGAAACGAAUAAGACUUCUUACUCUAAGACUAUCUUACUCAAGACUUCAAAAAAAAAAAGGCGCCGUAAUAAAAAAAACACUAGUAAUGAAGCGAGUGAGAGUAAAAUUUCAAGCAAAGAAAUGUGCCAUGAUGAAAAAACCACAAGUGAUAAAGCGAGUGAGAGUAAAAUUUCAAGCAAUAAAAGGCACUAUGACAAAAAAACCGAAUGUGAAGCGAGUGAACCAAGUGAAGUAGAGAGUGAACCAAGUGAAGAAGCGAGUGAGGAGAAAAUUGAAGACUCGAAAGUGUCCGUUCACCAAAUUCGCAAGUGUGAUGGGAAAGAUAUUUUAGUCAAAGCAUUGUCUCGUGCCGACAUAGCCAAGAUAAUUCAGAAUAAAAAAUUGGAUAACGAAGUGAAAGUUUGCAAUGUAGUCUCUAAAGCUGACACAGAUAAGAGUGAAGUUCCAGUCGAGGAAAACGAAAUUGAAGAAAUGAUCUUUAACGAGAUUAACGAAUUUACGGUAAAAAAUAAUAUUCUCAUAGGCAAACAAGAUUCAAUUGAUAAAGAUUUGCAUAUCGGAAAUUUAAUUUUGCUUGCAUUAAAAGCAGAACCACAGUUUAUUGGCCAGAUAGAUGUGUUGACGGGAGAACGCACUACAUUCCAGGAGAUGAGAGAGAAGAGCGUAAAAUGUGCAUCAUGGCUACAAAUAAUGUUAGAAGGCGAAGAUCAAAUGGAUAAAAUAAUAACAAUAUGUACGCGCAAUCCAAUGCAAGCCUAUAUCCCGUAUCUGGCAUCGUUGUAUCUUGGACUUAUGGUGAAUCCGUGGGACGAGAACUAUUUUGAGAGUAAGGUACGAAUUCUUUAUUUCCUAAACCAAAAUAUGCCACGUGUAAUCUUCGUCGAUGAUGAGAACGCUGUAGAAAUUCGCAACGCUGUUCGCAUAUUAGAGGAAUAUGAUCCAAGAAUUGAGUCCACAAUCGUGACUUUUGGUGAGGUGGCAGGAUUUUUAUCUCUCAAAAGAAUUCUGGAAAUUGAUGUGGAUAAAACAAAAAUUGAUGAAUUCAAAUGUAACGCUAUGUACAGACACAUUGACACCGCAAUAGUGAUGUUUUCUUCGAAUGCGGUAAGCUAUCCCGGCGAGGUGCAAAUUCCAUACAUGGCGUUUGUAUCUCCGUCAAAUCUCGAAGUGCCAUUCAUGACUUAUGGCGAGACCGGCCUAUGGUAUGGAUCUUUAUGUUGGACUCACAGUCUGCUUCUAACAGUUCGUGCCAUACUUUCAUUUAAUACAGCGCUCAAAAUCCAAAAAAUGUGGUUCGACGAGGAAACUUUCUAUUCAAUAAUAACAAAGUACAAGCCGACAUGGGUGUUUCUUGAAAGCAGCCUGUGCGAAAAAAUGUUAGUCACCGAUAUUAUGGUGAAGAGAUACGACGUCUCUUGCUUGAAGCAAUUCUUAUUCGGCGAUACACCGAUCGACGAAGGGAUUCACGAAGAUUUUAUCGACUUUCUGCCGUCACAUAUCGCCGUCACUCAAGUGUAUGCUGACACGGGAGCAGGCGUGAUUGCUUAUCAGCGAGACAGCGGUGCUCUUAAAUGUAGUGGCUACAUAAGUAAAAACGUUAGCGUGGCGAUCAUUGAUUUGGACACAAAAAAAGUGGUGGGUAAAAACGUGUGUGGUGAGAUAUGGUGCAAAACUCCGUACAAUUAUACACCUUUUAAGCAGAAAAAUUACCCUGAGAUGGACAGUAAAUUCGAUGAUUGGUACUGUACGGGAGAUUUCGGCUAUUACGAUGACAAUGGCGAAAUUUACGUUCUCGAUAAGGUGAAGCAUCUUAUUAAAUACAAAGAUUCGAUUGUCAUACCGUCAGAUAUCGAGGAAAUGUUAUUAAAUAAUUGGGACAUAGCUGAAGUCGUCGUAAUACCGACUGCAAAUGGUAAUGACGGUCAGCAUCCGAUGGCUCUUGUUAGAAGACUAAUCGGAGUUAAGAUAACCGAAGAGCAAUUAAUAAAAUGUGUAGAAGAGAAAAUGGACGAUAAAUGUAAACUUCGCGGAGGCGUUUAUUUCAUGCAACACCGUUUUAAACGUCUUCCUAAUGGAAAAGUUGAUCGGUCGCGGGUUACAUAUAACCAAGAUUGGCGGCAACUAGACAUUGCAAUAGAUAAAAUAAUGGGGAUAAUAAUCGCAUUUGAUCAGAUGAAAAACUAUACAGCUAUACAGCAAAUCGAAGAAGAAAACAGGCGUGAAAUAAGCUAAUACGCACGCAAUAUGUUGUAUUAUAACAUCAAAAUCAUGAAAUUAAUAUGCACUUGUGAUGAAAAGGACAAGUAUUUGACGUAAUGUUUUUUAAUAAAUAUGUUAUUUAAUAUCACAAAUGCAUUGUAAAUUAUUUCGUUAAUAUUUCGUUGUA